GACCACGGACACCAUAACACACAUACACUUACAAACAACGGCCAUCACCACACGGACACAACAACCACAAGCACCAGUACAACUACCACAUUGCCUACCACAACUACCUCUCCAAUAUCAGCUCCAAUCAUGUGUUCUGGAAACAGAUCGGUUGUGUGUGAAGACGACCCUAAAGCACCAUGUGCCACCUUGUCUUCAUUUGGAUUGUGUACACAUCUGCAGUAUAACCCAGACAGUGAAGACAUCAAAUUCUGUCCUAAAACUUGUAACCUGUGUGAUAAAUACUGUGAAUAUGUAUUAAGAACUGUACCACCUGCCACAGUUUCUCCUCCUACAUUUUCCAAGACUACGCAGAGAACAACCAUCCCAGGUGUCACAGGCAGUGUCCCAAUAACAACACAAUACCCAACUCUCUCUCCUACAUCAUCUCAAUCUCAGGGCCUUCAGUGUCCUUCCUGCGAUAUGAAUUUGACUUGUGUUGGGUACCAAACGUGCUCUCCUGAGGAAGUUUGUAUGAUAUUGCCGAAUCCAGGAUCAAAGUUUUUAACACAUUGUUCAAUGGUAAUCUAA